AUGCCCGAUCACUCAUCCCCAGAAGAUCCAGCAUCUCGAACUGCAGCAGACUUGGCUUAUGCCGCCUAUGGGGACCAGGUGAAAAUCGACAGUGCGCUGUGCAAGAAGCUCGCCGCUGAAGUUGCGUUGCGGGAGCCGACUCAACGUCGCGUCGACCAGAAGCUCAACAUUGAGCGUCGAAGCAACGUUGAGGCUCUGCUCGCUCACAUGACGGGACAAAGCGCCCCCAAGCCGUGCAAGAAUUGCCACAAGGGUCAUGGACCCUGGACUCAGUGCGUUGUGUAUGACGGCCAGAUGUGUGGAAGUUGUACAAACUGCUGGUUCAACGCAAGUGGCUCAAGGUGCACGUUUCAUGAGAACAACCAUCCGCAACCGCAAACCUUGUUCGCAGCAUCAGUCGCUGCUUCGGCAAAUCUCAUGGCUCUGCAGCCACCUGCGCUAUCGCAGUCUACAUCACCCAACGCGAACAUCAAUCUCUCCGCAGACAUCACCCAAUGGGGCCUCUCUGAGUCAACCAAGCAGUUGAUCACCCAGACAAUCACUGACGUAGCCACCUUCUCUCGAAGGGACCGUUUUCUUGCUCGAAUCGAAGCCGCUGCUAAGGAGCUCGGCAUGCGAAUUGCAGAAUACGAGGAGUUUCUCAGGACCCCUGAGGGCAUGGCGGAGCAGAAUGCUGCCUUGGAGAGGGAGCGCGCCCAGAAUAGCCACACUCAGGCUACUGAGGCUUCGAUGGCUGACGCCCCUCCUGACGAGAUCCUGAGUUGA